AUGAGACUUGCAACGGGUCAUGCACAGGGAUGGGUCUGCUAUGCGGAUGUCAAUGGCUCAUGGCGACGAUCCAGCAUACAAGAACGAGAAAAGCAUAUGGCAUCGAAGGAAGCGUUGCAUCAGACUGCGUGCGUGCGUCUUGUUGAUGAGAAGGAGAUCCAGAAGAGGGAGGAGAUACGCGCUCGCGCCGCUAGAGAGCGCGGGGCUACUCUCCUUUCCCCUUAUACUACCCCGGGGCCCAUGUCAUAUGGCCGAAGCGAGUGA